UUCAUCUAUUACUACGUCACUUUCCUCAUCCUUGAUCCAAUUAUCCCUCCAGAACAAGGAAAUAACAGUACAGACUCAAUUGUUAACGGCCCUGAAACCAAAAUUGAUCCUUGCAAGCCCUCAUCCUUUCCAAGUGGUCGUUUAAGAAUGGAUGCUGACAAUGAAACAAUGGCAUAUCGAGACCACGCCCUAGGAGGAAUGGUGGGUUUGGGAGUGACAGGAUCCUUGGGAUUGGCCAGUAUCUUUUCUACACACAUUCGGAGUUCCAUGAUGCUUAUCAUUCCUGGAUUAUUUGCAGCCCGAGGAAGGUCUUUAAUGCUGACUGCUGCGAUGGGAAUCCUCAUAGAUGGUCCAAUCAACAACAUCAACUACAACGUGGAGCAAAUCAUCGGAAGCGUCACAUGCAUGUACGAGCAGAUGAAAACCAUGGCUUGUCGAUACGACAUUCAGUUUCGAAACGUAUUCGACCAAGUGGCCGGAAUACUGGAAGAUAUUCACGAGAUUGUCCAAGAACAAAGGCAACAAAUUGCUGAAAUGGCCUCACAUUUAUCCCAAGAUCUUCAAGCCGAAGUUCGAGCUCAUCAAAGAAGAGUUCAGAAAAAAAUGGAGAACUUAAAGGGAAAAUUGGGAACACUGCAAGGAGUGAUCAACGCUCCAGGAAACCUUUUGAAUGGCGUUUGUUCCGGCGUGAAUUCUGCCCUAGCAGGGACCGGACGCUUCUUUCAAGACGUGGGAAAGGGUCUGGGAGAUACGGUGAAAAAAAUUUGGAACUUCUUUGGCCGACGACGAAAACGGGACAGCGGUUGCGGAAUUCCAUCAGUGAUCCCUUCAAUAGGUGACAUUAACGUUCCCGAAGUGAACCUGGAUGCCUUGAAGAAAUGGGCUAAAGAACUGUUUCCCGACCUGAAUGUCUUGGACUUAAAUCUGAGCGAAUUUGAAGGCACUAUUGACUCAACAAGUAUUCUUGAACUCCGCGGCAAAAUUAUUGGCAUUCUGAGAGACGUGUUUGAAAUGGUUCAAUCGUGGACCAAGCACACGAAAAAAAUCUUCUACUUGGUCUCACUGAUUCUCGUCGUCUUGGAUGCAUUUCAAUACCUCAAAAACUAUUGGUCAGAUGACUCCUUCGACAAUUUGUACGUGGAUAAUAACCUCCGUCGUUUAUGGCGUGAUCACGGGAAAGAAAAGCUAACUCCAUUGAGACAUUGGGAACUGAAUGAAAAGUUUCAAAUGAGUGCUUCGGUGAAGAUUUCCAAACGUGAAGCAACAAGAAUACUGACCCAGUCCAUUCCAACCAUGGUGUUUACGGCCAUAGUCAUUGCAGUUCUAGUGACGGACUUUGCAUUGGCCAACUUAUUGGGAGUUCUCCUUGAACACGGAGAUUAUGCCAUUUCUUUUGCUGGGAUGGAGCAAGGACUGAACCUUGGGGAUCUUUUUGGUCAGGUCAAUUCGGGUGAAGUGUCGUUAGCAUCAUUGAAACUGGAGGGUUUUGACAUGAGCUCGGAGCCUUGCCUCCCAAGAGCAACACAUACGAGUUACUCAUCGCUCUCCAUUCUGGCCCUGAUCAUUGUCGUAUCAGGGUGCUCUUGCAUCUUUGAUGCCUACGCAUGCCGUUGGAGAGCCGUGAUCUGCAAUUUUUAUUACUCGACAAGGGCCAAAGAACGGGGAGAAUACUUGUACAAGCGGAUCAAAGCGGGCAGAGGCAAUCGCCGGUUUCAAAUGACACUCGUCGUUAAACGCGAACUCAAGCGAAGAGAGCUUUUGCGUACUUUUGCUUCUUGGGCGAAUAUUCCAAUCAUUGCUAUGUUGAACUUGAGGGCAUGGAGAUGCCCUUCUUGCAUGUGGAAAGCUCCAAAGUCAGACUGCGUCUCGGUUGUCAUCGGUAAUGAGAAAACUUGGAUAUGUUCAGAUUGCUAUAAAGAUUAUUGAUUUUGUAAUACAAAGAUCACGAAUGCC